CAGCUCCCCUGCCCGCCCCGCGCCUCCGGGCGUCCUGCCGGCCCCCUGCCUGCUGCCCCCCGCCCGACGGCCCCAGCGGCCGGGCAUGAUGUGCCUGGAAGGUGGCUCGGCGGCGGGCAGCGGCGGAGCAGCGGGCUGCGCGGAGGAGGAGGAGGAGGACGCGGCGGUGGCGGUGGCGGUGGCGGUGGCCGCGGCAGCCGGGCCGGAUGCGGAGCAGCAUCGUCGAGGCCGGGGCCGGGGCCGGGGCUGGGCCGGUGGGGUGCCGAGCCGGGGCCGGCGCUGCGGCGGGGCCGCAGCCGGCUGCUGGCCCCACGAUGAGGUGCAGACGCUGUCCGGCAGCGUGCAGCGGGCGCCCCCCGGGCCCGGACCCACCGCUGUCCCCUCCUGCCCCGAGGUCGGGGCUCCGACGACCACCAAGGGCCCGGCCCCGGGCGGCCCGCAGCCCAAGCCGGGGGCCCGCCUGGGCCGUGCGCGAGUGGCCGCCGCCGCCAUCCUCAGCGUGGGCAACGUCCUCAACUACCUGGACAGGUACACUGUAGCAGGAGUCCUUCUGGACAUCCAGCAGCACUUUGGAGUCAAGGACCGUGGGGCUGGCUUGCUACAGUCAGUGUUCAUCUGUAGCUUCAUGGUGGCAGCCCCCAUCUUUGGGUACCUGGGCGACCGCUUCAACAGGAAGGUCAUCCUGAGCUGCGGCAUCUUCUUCUGGUCGGCAGUCACCUUCUCAAGCUCCUUCAUCACACAGCAGUAUUUCUGGCUGCUGGUCCUGUCCAGAGGCUUGGUGGGCAUUGGAGAGGCCAGUUACUCCACCAUUGCACCCACUAUCAUCGGUGACCUCUUCAACAAGAACACACGUACACUCAUGCUGUCCAUUUUCUACUUUGCUAUCCCCCUGGGGAGUGGCCUGGGCUACAUCACUGGAUCAAGUGUGAAGCAGGUGGCCGGAGACUGGCAUUGGGCCCUGAGGGUGUCUCCUGUCAUGGGGAUGAUCACCGGAACACUCAUCCUUCUCUUCGUCCCGGCUGCGAGGAGGGGGCACGUGGAGCAGCUUGGGGGGCAGCUGAAGGCCCACACCUCCUGGCUCCGGGACAUGAGAGCACUGAUCCGGAAUCGCAGCUACAUCUUCUCCUCGCUGGCCACCUCUGCCGUCUCCUUUGCCACCGGAGCCCUAGGCAUGUGGAUCCCCCUGUACUUACACCGGGCCCAGGUUGUGCAGAAGACCACAGAGACCUGCACUAGCCCACCCUGUGAGACCCGGGACAGCCUCAUCUUUGGGGCCAUCACGUGCUUCACCGGCUUCCUGGGGGUGAUCACGGGGGCUGGAGCCACCAAAUGGUGCCGCCUGAAGACGCAGCGGGCGGACCCCCUGGUGUGCGCGGUGGGCAUGCUGGGGUCAGCCAUCUUCAUCUGUCUCAUCUUUGUGGCAGCCAAGACCAGCAUCCUGGGCGCCUACAUUUGCAUCUUCAUUGGUGAGACCUUGCUUUUCUCCAACUGGGCCAUCACAGCAGACAUCCUGAUGUACGUGGUCAUCCCCACUCGCCGAGCGACUGCCGUGGCUCUCCAGAGUUUCACCUCUCACCUGCUGGGAGAUGCGGGCAGUCCGUAUCUCGUUGGCUUCAUCUCUGACCUGAUCCGACAGAGCACCCGGGAGUCCCCGCUCUGGGAGUUCCUCGGCCUGGGCUAUGCUCUCAUGCUCUGCCCCUUCGUGGUGGUCCUGGGGGGAAUGUUCUUUCUUGCCACCGCCCUCUUCUUCCUCAGCGACCGGGCCAAGGCCGAGCAGCAGGUGAAUCAGCUGAUGAUGCCCCCAGCGUCUGUGAAAGUCUGAACGAGGUGUCCUGGGAGCAAGAAAUGAUGAGCAGUCUGGGCCCUGGAGCAGCCACCGUGGCCCUGCCCUGUCCAAAAAAGGAGAUGGAGUGGUUUCAGUGGGCAGGGCAGGGAGCCAGGAUCAAGCCUACUUUGGUCUAAGGCCCCCGGCCCCCUGCCUGCGACCCAAAGCCAAAGGCAGGAAGGCAGUUGGGAAGAGAAACAGGCCACCGGGACUCAGCCAUGCAGGGCAGUGUGAUGGGUACAGGACAGAGUGACCUGUGGCUCUGGGCCACAGACACGUUGGCCAAGACAUUCAGAGAUGGGAUGCUUUCAGAGGAAGCCCCCCCACCCCCAGCCCAGGCCUUUGCUGUGUGGCAGGAGAUGCCGCUGACAGAGACAAACGGAGGGGUCCCCCCACGGACACACACUUCACGUGCUACAUAGGGCCGUGUAUGAAUGUGUGUACAUGGCCAAUAGGUGCAGCGCUGUCUUUCCAAAGAAGCUGUCCUGGGACCCAGCCCAGCUGACUGGGCCAGCCUGGCUCCACGGCUGCUGACCCCCAGCCCCUGGCAGUCCCAGGAAGCUGCUAUCCCCCGGGUCCACGUGGAUGACUUCAUUUUCUAGUGUUUCCAAAGGAGAGGGUCAGUGGUCUCGGCCCGCUGGACCAGGAGGAGCUGGUGGGGAUGAAAGGGCCGAAUCUUGAGCUGCUCCAGGCUUCUGGGAUCCUCCCUGCCCCUCCCCCAUCCCCGCUUCAUCUCCCUUGCAUCUUAGCCUGGAUCUGAUGGACCUCAUGGGAUCUCCUCUCACGUCCCAGUUUUAGGGAGGUGUAAAUGGAGGCCAGUGUUGGGAAGCCACCUUGUCUGAUGUCCCUCGGCCGGCUGGUGCCGGCUCCGAGACCAGGACUGGAUCUCCUGCUUGUGAAGUAGGGCAGCAUGCCCGGUGCUCUUCAGGGAAGGGGGUGUGUGUGUCACAUCUGCCACUUAGUAGGAGCAAGGUCGGGGGCUUGAGGCUGGUAGCAGGCGGCUGUCACUGGGGAGGAGCUGAUGGAAGCUGCCCCCCCGCCCAUGGGGCCAAGGCCAUCCCCCACACCCCCAUGCCUACCUUCGAGACGGCAAACCGUCAGGCGGGCAAGGACCGUGUGCCUCGAGCCUGGCCGGGGGUCCUGCCCUGCUUUGGGAGGACCUCCUCUCUCCCCCCACGCCGUUUCCUGGCAGAGGAAUUUCCCAAAUUUCAGUCACUUUCGGGAACUGAAGCUGAGCUUUGCCAGGGGGUCAGGGUCCCUUCCUGGGGAGGGGCUGGCAGGAAGUUUAGCCUGGUCUCCAAUGCCCCAGCUUGUCCCCACACCAGCAGAGAUUUGGGGCCCUGGCCGAGUCAGCUGGCUCGGGCAGACACCCUGUUCCGAGCUGGGCCGGGAUUGACCCUGACCCUUGAGAGAGACGCAGACAACAGCGUGUGGCCUCCAGAGGGCUAGCACAGCCAGCAGGCAUUUAGGAAGCCUGCUGUGUGCCUGCCACUGUGCUGGGGAAAGGGGGGAGGGAUUGGAGCCUCGUGGGGAGAACUCUUUCCCCCAGGGCCAGAUGUGCUGCUGAGUGGCCCCCCCCCCCUUCCUGGCUUCUCACGGGCCCUGGGGCCAGCAUAUCCCAAGCUCUGUGCCCAUCCAGGGAACCCCCUCCUCACUUCGUCGUUUCCUGGCAGAGUGGGGAGGGCAGGCCAUGAAGCGGCAGCCACAGCCAAAUCAGGAUGGCGGGGCUUAGCUGUGACCUUUCCUCCACCAUCUCCCCCAACAGACGCUUUGUCCUUUUGGCAGCAGUCAGGGUGGGGAGGCCCCCCUGAGAUACCAGGUGUUCCCAGCCAGAAAGAGCGUAGCUACCCCCGCAGUCAGUAACGGGGCAUCAUCCCCCUCUGCAAGUGUCUCCCCCCCACCCCCAGCUCCCUGGACUUCAUGGAACCAAAGGUAGUGAACCAGGUAGAGACAGCACAUCCACCCUGCUUCCUGGACUUUGUGCCUGGGGGUGUGUGUGUGUCCGUCUUGUUCUGUCAGGACCCCAACACCCACACUCACUUACUUGGAAGGUCACACCUGCCUCUGCGAGGGACAAGCACCCCACCCCCAUCCCCACCUCAGCAGGGUCCCUGGGGAGGCUGCGGGCCUGAAGGACCUCCCAUCAUGCUUCUAAUACCCAGUUUUGUUUGUUUUGGGGGGUGGGGUGGGAGGAGAGACAAGAACACCCACCCCAGGGCUGCCACACCCUAGGCCCUGAGGUCUAAGGCCUCCUGUCCCUGCUGCAGUCCUGUUCAGCCUCUCCUUAGGGGCGGCCUCCUGAGGAAAGCUGCUGGAUCCCUUCUAUGGCCCUAUCUGGGGGGGGGGUGACCCCUGGGUUUGCUGGUCCCAGAUGGUUGGCAAACUGCCCUGCACCUCAAAUCCCAUGGGAGGUGCAGGCAGACAGCACAGGUGGGCCCUGGGCCUCCCCCCCUUCCCCUCGCCAGCCUUGGCCAUGGGUGCCUGCAGGGCCAAGCUUUCUUGUCGUACAA